AUGUCUUUCUUUCUGUUUUUCUUUCUGUCUAUCUUUCUUUAUAAUUUACUUUCUUUCUUUCUUUCUUUCUUUCUUUCUUUCUUUCUUACAGUCUUUCUUUGCUUCUUUGUUUCUUUGUCUUUCGUUUACACAGUCUUUCUUUCUUUCUUUCUUUCUUUCGUUCAGACUGUCUUUCUUUCUGAUUUUCUUUCUUUUUCUUUUGUUCAGGCUGUCUUUCCUUCAAACUGCUUUUUUUCUUUCUUUCUUUUUUUUCCCUUUCUUUGUCUUUCGUUAAGACGGUCUUUCUUUCCUUCGCUUUCGUUCAGACUUUCCCACUUUCUUUCUUUCUUUCUUUCUUUCUUUCUUUCUUCCAGUCUUUCUUUGCUUCUUUGUCUUUCGUUUAGACAGUCUUUCUUUCUUUCGUUCAGACUGUCUUUCUUUCUUUCUUUCUUUGCUUUCUUUUUCUUUCUUCGUUUUUUUCUUUCUUCCUUCCUUCCUUUCUUUCUGGUUAUCUUUCUUUAUCUUUCGUUAAGACGUUCUUUCUUUCCUUCUCUUUUGUUCAAACUCUCUCACUUUCUUUCUUUCUUUCUUUCUUUCUUUCUUUCUUUCCUUCUUUUUUUCUUCCUUCCUUCCUUCCUUUCUUUCUUUCUUUCUUUCUUUCUUGCUUGCUUUCUUUCUUCUUUCCUUUCUUUCUUCCUUUCUAUCUGCCUCUCUUUAUUCAGCAUCCUCCACUAUUUUCAAUUACCUUUUUCUUUAUUUUCCACAUCAUAA